GGUAAAUUAUGUGUUUAAUUCAAUUUUAAAGAGAUGAUAAUAUAAUAAUUAAUGCAAUCGUAAUUAAGAAGUAACUGAAGAAAAAAGAAAAGCUUUAAAACCCUGCGGGACACGAAGACCGAAACAAUCGCUUCUCUCUCUCUUGCUCUAUUGGUAUGUUCUUUCAAUGGCGGAGGUGUUCUUCAGAAUCCAUUCUUAUUUAUUUUUCUCUUGAUACUCUUCUUCUUCUUCUAAAACCUCUGUAAACUGAGUCUAUGAUGAGUCAACUCGGUGUCGAAACGAGUCACUCCCAGCCAGAGACGCCUCAGUCAACGACAUUUCUUGAUUUGCUACGACUUCAAAUGGACGGACUCGAUCGAACUAGGAGAAGGAAACGAAGCCUUAAGGAACGGUUAGGAUUCAAACGAAUCGGAUGCUGUGGUCCAACAUGGGGUCUCCGGUUAACUAGUAAUACUCGCGAAGACGACGAACCGUUCGAAAACCGGGUUGUUUCCGGUUCAAAUCAUGGACCGGUUCAAGGUAUGAAUCUCGCGACGGCGUUAGCAGCGGAGAGAAAUUACCGAACGGAGGAAACAGUAACGCCGCCAUCAGGGAGUUUGACGCCGUUAAGAGUUUCGUUAAUGAGGCUAUUAGAAGAAACGGCGGAGAGAGUCGUCGUCGAAGGGAAUGAAACGUUAACGGCGUCGUCGUCGUCGACGGUUAGAGGUGUUGGUAAUGAUUCGGUGUGCUGCGUGUGCAUGGGAAGGAAGAAAGGAGCAGCGUUUAUCCCAUGUGGACACACUUUUUGCAGAGUGUGUUCUCGAGAGAUGUGGCUUAAUCGAGGUUCGUGUCCCCUUUGUAACCGUCCGAUCAUCGAGAUCCUCGACAUUUAUUGAUUAUUCUAUCCUACGGCUUAUAAUACCCCCGUUGCACGUGACUUCAGUGUUGGCCUAGAGAUUCACGAGUUGUAAUACAUAUGAAAAAAUUUAAUUACUGGGACUCUGUCUAUGUUUUCGCUUAUAAAUCCUAGAUUUUAUUUUUAUC